AAACAGCUGAGAGAGCAUCUUCUGCACUCCUGGAUGAGCUGCUCCGCCCCGGGGACCGUCGCGCACACAUCCGCACACACCAGCCCGGUUUACGGCUGAUCCUCAGCUUAUACGUUAAAUCUGUUGUAGAAUAUGGCCAAAGUAAGGCUUCCGGAGAAGGAACAGAGCAUUCGGUGUUUUUAAAGUAAGACGCAGCGAGGUUAACCCUUAGCGGACUCCCCCGUCAGGAAGCUGCAUUGGUUCGGUCCUGAGCGCGGAAGCGAGCUGAAGUUUGCGGAUCUGUCGGAGCGUCGCGGAGACAUCGCGAGGAGAUGCGGCGCAGGCAGAAGCGGCUGCUGCGGGUCGGGCUGCUGCUCUCCGCGGCGCUGCUGCUGCUGCUGCUGGGCUCCGUCAGUCUGGAGCGCCGGCUGGACGCGGAGGAGCCGGAGGGCGGAGCGGGACUCGCGCAGAUGCAGAAAGUGAACAGAAAGCAAGUGCUGAAGGAUGGCGUCCGGAAGAAGGACUGGCAUGACUAUGCAGCCAUCAGGAGUGACGCGGCACGAACAGGUGCUGGAGAGCAGGGCCGGCCGUACCCACUGACGGAUGCAGAGCGUGUUGAUCAGGCCUACAGAGAGAACGGCUUCAACAUCUUCGUCAGCGACCGCAUCGCCCUCAACAGAUCACUGCCUGACAUCAGACACCCCAACUGUAAGUUGAAGCUGUACACUGCAGAUCUCCCCAACACCAGCGUCAUCAUCCCGUUCCACAAUGAGGGCUGGUCGUCUCUGCUGCGGACGGUGCACAGUGUGCUGGAUCGCUCGCCGCCGUUGCUCAUCGCAGAGAUCAUCCUGGUGGACGACUUCAGUGAUAAAGGUCUUCAGAACACCAACAGCAGCGUGCUGGACUCCUUCAACCAGCGCACAUAACGCCUGUGUGUCUGCGCCUGUGUGUUCACUGCUGGAGUGUGUGUGUGUGUGUGUGUGUGUGUGUGUGUGUGUGUGUGUGUGUGUGUGUGUGUGUGUGUGUGCGCGUGCGUGUGCUCCUCUGCUCUUCAUCACGGCUGCAGUUUAUCUGUUAUAUGAACUCUUCAGAUAUUAAAGUCCUGCAUUAUUCUGA